AGCAACUUUAUAUAGGCAUUCCUGUUCCGCUUUACCAUCAGUGGAUAAUCGUAACACUAGUUAUAUACGGAGUGCUGGCACUGAGCAAACGGAUAGACCUUUGAGAAGAUGCCGAACAACUUCAUUCGGUAAAUUGUCACAUUUUUUUCAAACUGGUGGUUCAAGUUCGAUUAAUUCUGCCCUGUCUGAUUUAUCGAUUACUGGAAAACUGAUAGUUAAAAUUGCGGAAUCCCAACAACGUGGUAUAGAAUCACUGGCGCAAUGGGCACGUAAUACUGAUAAUGCCGCUAUUUAUGAUGUUGUGAAAAACAGUAAACGACUGUAUGAGAUGCUUACUGUUAAAGAAUUGGAAUUUGCUCGUCAUUAUGAUCGUUCCUUGAAGCAGUUGAAAAAGAUCACAGAUUCGGAACGUGCUGUAGAAAAUGCAGAAAAAGAUGUAGCAGAUUUAGAAGAGAAAGAAAGGAAAUUGACUAAAGAAAUUGAAAAGGGUAUCUCUUUUUUCAAGCAGCGUCGAGGUGGUGAUGUUUAUUUGUUAAAACAAAAACUUGAAGAGGUAAAAAUUGCAAAAGCCCGAGCUGAAAGGUUUCUGUCUGAUUUUAGAGCUGAAAUGGAAGUAAUAAAAAUGUACAGAUUCCGCGAUGGCAUGCAGGGUAUCGCUGAUGCUUAUCAAAACUUAGCUAAAAGUUGUCAGGCUAUUUUCAAUUGUCAACGUGAAAUUGUCGAAAUGGUACCAGCUGUAUCCAAUCAAGAUGUGCGCAGUAUGAUUUAUCGCGGAACUUCAUUAACUAGAGAUCGUGUUGAAGAUUUAAGAAGAUUUUUGGAACAUGACAUAACAAGAUCAGUCAAUAACUCAUGGUCAAAUAUUGCGUCACAUUCAAAUAGACGACGUAGUGAACCUUUACACUUUGUUCAUCGGCUUCAUCUUGACUCUCCUCCUCCACCAUAUGCGGAUUCUGUGAUAUCGAGAAAAGAAAAUUCAUUGCAAGAUAGAGAAGUUCCUAUUAAACUUAUCAGUGAAGUGUAUCUCAAUUAA